AAGCAUUUUUUGCUGCAGGUCUGCGAAAGGGCAGACUGGCAUGGAGAAAGAGAAGUUCCAGCAGAAGGCUCUGAAGCAAACUAAGCAGAAGAAAUCCAAGUCGGCUGAAUUUCUGAUGGUAAAAGAAGAGAGAGCAGCAACAGAAGGCAUUGAAAAUCCAGCUUUUAACAUCAGCAGCACAGAUCUUUCAGCAUAUCAGCCUUCAGAAGAGAAAGUUAUUAGACAUGACAAGCCAGAUAGCACCCUUGCAGCUCACCAACAAAAACUCGGGCUGCAAGCCCAUGCUGAACCAAGAGGAAAUGAAUACAGCAGAAAUUACUUUGACCCGCUGAUGGAUGAGGAAAUAAACCCAAGGCGGUGUGGGAUGGAGGUCAGUGAAGAAGAUCCUGUAAAAUCUGAUGAACAAAUCCUGUACUCUAAACUGAUGAAGCUUCUAGAUGAAGAAAACAAGAUGCUGGACUUCCAAGCAGCCCAUGUCGUCAGUGAAGAUUUUCCAGAAUCCGUGAUGCCUGUCAGCUCCGGUAAGGCAUGUGACCUUCACAGGGAGCUUGAAGAUGAAGAGAUUCCUUCGUAUAUUGAACAGUUUGAGAGAGAUGUUCAAGAUGACAUAAUUCUGCUUGGCAGCUUUUCACUGGAACAGCACCACAAGGAAGUUUCUCACCGCAAGAAACAGAAGUGGAGAGCCAGGAUUCAGGAACUGCUUCAAAGAUUGGGAAGUCAGCCACUGAAAACAGAAGAGAAUGGAAGGGAAGAAGAAAUGAUAGCCAGCUUUGGUAACCUCGCAAGUGUGAAUACUGGAUUAAAUGGAGCAGCAGCAGGGCCUUGCGAGAAGGUUGACUACUCCAAGAAGCCUCAGUCAAUAGAAAUUCACUUCAAAUGCCUGAGGGGAGUCAAAGAUAAGGUCCCUAAAGGCCACUACACUCUCAAAGUUCGUGUUCUGAGCCGCUUAGGUGGUGGCUUGCUGGAGAGACCUGAACUGAAGGAGCAGCCUCAGGCCAGGACAACGCAGCCUGUUACUCAUGGUGGAAACUUCUACAACACUGAAAUCUACUUUGGACAAAGUAUCCAGACAGUUCUGCCACAUAGAAAAGCUAUGAAGCCAGGAAUGGUACUCCUCUUUGAACUUUUCCUUCUUCGCGGCACCUAUGCUUGGAUUGAUCAAGAAGUAGGAUGGGGAGCUUUUCCCUUAUGUGAUAACAAUUUUAAUGCUUUGGAGGGAAAAUUUAAAUGUCCCUUCCUGAGAGGCCAUUACGACCCUAAAGUUGACAGAUUCAAAAAAAUUGAAAACUUUAUUUCUCAAGAUUUGGAUCAUUGGUUAUGCAAUCUCUACUUUCAGAUAACUAAACUGCCACAGGAUUCAGAAAAGCAAAGUAAGUGUGACAUGCAUCUUCAUCUCCCCCCUGAACUUCACAUGUAUUCAAGUGUUGCUGAAAAGAAUGAUGUCUCAGAGAAGGUUGUACAGUCUGGACCACAAGGGCAACCUCUGACCUCCCCGAAAGAUCCUGACACCCAUAAGGGAAGUAUUCCCACUGUUGUAGAGGAAGUGGAAAAACAGUUUAAUGCAGCAAAAGGAGGAGAAGUGUGUGUGUCAGAAGAAGCUUGGAGGAAAAGAGAAGAGCUUAAAAUGCUUCCAGCAGAGGAUUACCAAGAUUGCCAUGGCAGUGCAGAUGAGCACUGUGACUUGUUUUGGCCAAAGGAAGUCCAAGGAGGACAUCACGAGGUCAACUGGAAUAACCCACCUGACCAACAUCAUGAGGAAAGAUCAGGUCCUGAGAGCAAUGGAAGCCAAGAAGAAGAGAAAACAUCUGUAGAGAGCAAUUUUUACUUGGAAGAGUUAGAGCAGUAUACUUUUUCUGUGGGCUGCCAUUCUGCUGCUGAAGUGAAACUGUACCGGCAGGUUGUGGAGCAUUUCCAUUUUGUGGCAUACACAGUCUUUUCAGAGCUGGGAGCCACACACUGGCGCUCCAGGGACUUCUGGCUGCUCGCACUGCUAGUAGUUUUGCUUUGGUUCGUGAGACUUUACCUGCAUUAUUUGAGCCAAUGGCUCUUCCUUCAGACCAUCUCCGUGCCUGUUACAAAAUUCCAGCUCUUUCCUCACACUGUUGAACUGUGUUACCAGAACUCAUUGCUGCACACCAGUGAAGAGUUGGUCAUGGUUGUGGUGGGACCCCUAACCUUGAAUGCAGGGCUGCUUCUUAUGGUCCUGAUCAGAUGGGGCUGUCAGCAGCUGUUUGACUCAUUCCCUUCCUUCUUGUCAAAGUUUAUCAUAGCUAUGGGACUAUGGACAGUGCUAGACCCCUUGGCAGUGUUAGUAGUGGAUUCAUUCCUGGGGCGAUUUGGGAACAGUGUAGACAAACCAAUUGCUGAUGCUGCAAAACUCUCCUGGGUCUUUCUAAGAGCUGAGGAGUCAGGGGUUCCUGGUGCUUUAAUCACUGUGAUGCUUUAUACAGUCCUGUUCAUGAUCUCGUCGACAGUAUUGUACCUGUAUUUUUUAAGGUUACAUAGCGAAGGUUGGCUGUUGGAUGUAUUUCGACGUAUUCAUGGUGAGGAAGGCGCAUUCUUUAUUCCACUGGACUUAGAGAUUUCCAGUCAGGAGCUGAACUACAUUAUGAAGAGGGCUGAGCAGUGGAGAGGAAUCAAUGGUGAAAGACGGAUGGUGGCAGUGUCUGAUUACAUCUGGAAGGACCACGCCAGCCAGCCUGGUGUCUCCAGCUGUGACCUCCAGCACCAGGAUGAAAUCCCGGACUCUGCAGCCAGCUUGAAAGGUAGCACCACUGUUCACGUCUCUGUGUAUACCGUUCACCUCAGCGGCCUCCGGGAGCUCUACAGGCACUUCCUCCGGCUACCUGAUGGGGCUAUCAUUGAGGCGUUUGGUGAUAUUAGCGAAGAAAGUCUUUUGUGUAAUGAAAUGAACACAACCCAGGAGCCCAUAAGUAAAAUGGAUAAUGUGCUGUGUACAUCUACACUCAUCAAGCUGAGGGAGAAGAAAAAGAGUACAGCAAGGUGGGAAGGAAAUCCAGUUGUCUCUGACAAGAGCUAGUUCCUGCAGUCAUGCAUAUUCCAUGAAGUUGUUUCCAUCCUGAUCCACAUCCAUGGUAUGGUUAUUGUCUGAUAGGAUUUAUGUUUCUGACAACCACAUCUCUGUGUGUAAAGUGUUGUCCCGCAAAUGCUCCAUUUGUAGCUCUUCUGUGGCUUCAACAAGCUUUGCAGUGUGGUGAGCUCAUGGGAUCAGAUCACAGAUCAUGCAAACAUUAUUUCAUAUGAUUUUUUUUCCUUCCAAACUGUGGGACACUCCUAAAUUUCUCAGGUUUGCUUGUUCCUGCUAGCUGUGGUGGGGAAAAUGUUGCUUAUUUGUCUUUCAAGUUUCAUGACGAAAACAUUGACAGCAUUUUCAGUAAUUAUUCAAAGCACAACAUGAUUGUAAUUGCAAGACUGCAAAAAUGCCCAGAAGACGAGCAAUGAUGGCUUCAUCUUCCAGUUCUGUAACCAAGUCCCAACAGGCUGCAAAAUUUACAAGAUCCCAGAGACCAUUUUUCUGAGGUCUUCAUGAUGGCCAUACCUGCUUCCCCGGGAGCUACAGAAGCUUAAAGCAACCUGGAGGUUAUCCUCAUGCUUUCUUAGUAGUAUUAAAGUUUUGCUCAUUGGUUUGAACCAGUUAGUGCCUAUUCUAUUUAGCUCCAUACAAAUGCAUCAGAAAUUAAGUCCAUGCCACAAAGGCAAGAACUAUGAGAGACAACAGAAGGAGAAGAUGGGAAGGGGAACACAGGCAAGAAAGGUGAAAUCGUUUGUGCAAGGCCGCCUAAAUCAGAGGCAUGUGUAGAAAUAUAGGGCUGACUGCCAGUGCCCUGACUCUUGGUCUUCCCUGUGGUAGGAUCCUUUUUGUCCUGAAAAUGCAGUUGGAAAAGGGAAGAGUCUCACCUUACUGCUAUUUUGAAUCAUUUCUGUAGAAUGCUGUAAUCUAUUAACUUAGUAAUCAGUGACAUUUUUCUAGCAUGUAUGAUUUUCUGGUGUCCCUUUGUUCACUCUGGUACGGGAAAAAUUUUUCAGAUCCACUUACCUUUGCAAGAUCUUACCCAAUAUAUUGAGCAUUGUUGAUUAUUUUUGUUACUUAAAUCUAUGAUUCUCAUCCACCUGAAUAAUCAGGAAAUUGCAUUAGGUAGUAACCUGAACAAUCAGGGAAUUACGUUAGGUAGUAACCUGAAUGUUUAAAUGUCACUCCUGAGAACAGUUUUUCUUUGGGUUUGCAAGAUAACAAUCUGGUUUCCAUUUUUUUUUUCUGGUUUAUUUUCUUUUUUUUCUCGAUUUAUUUGUGUGCAUGUGCAUAUGUGUGUGGUUAUUUUAUGAGUUACACCCAGACAGAAAUGGUGUUUAAAUCUUCUGAAUAUUUACAAGAACUGAUGCUGUUUGUGUGGCUUCUAUUGCAUCAGAUAUUACUUGGAUGACUUCUCUCUGUCAUAACAGGAAUAAAAUUGCCUUUUUAAUGUUUGCUAUGCCUGUUGACCCUUUAAACCGCUGUACAUAACUUUGAAAAAGAAACUAACUGAAAAGAAA